AUGGCUACGCUUGAUUCUUCAGAGGUUGAUUCAUACAUCCUUUCCGUCGCCAAGGCCUUUUGCUCCAAGGAUGCAGAUCGUUCAAUGGAAGAGGCAGCCAAACUGACAUGCCAGAAUGCAAAGGACAUCAACGUUGCAUUCAUGGGAAUCACCAUGGCACUUGUUAUUUCGGAUGGCGAGAGAGGUACGCACAACGCUGAUCGCAUGGUACCUAUUGUUCGAGCAUAUGCCAAAUUUUUAUUAGAUAGCAUGCAGCUGGCUAAAGAUGGCGCUCAGCAUGGAGAAGGUGAGACAUUCGUGCUGCCCAAUUCAUUCACUGCUUGA